UAAAAAUGUACAGGGUCUUUGAGAUCCUCUUCGGAGGGAAACACCUUAACUAUGCAGAUAGUAAAGCCCACGGUUAUUCACUAGUGACGUUUAUUGUUUCCAUGAUCUUGGCCACGCUUUCUGUCAUUCUAAAUGUUGUUUUGGUGAGAAUCAAGCAAAAUGAGCUCAGAAGUUACAGAAGAAGAGAAGGAGUCCCAUUGAGGUCUGAAAUGGAUGGAAUUCAAAAUAAUAAAACCAGGGUUGUUAUCCCAGACUAUGAGAAUGCUUUCCUUAAAAUUGCCACCACUACAGGAAUUUAUGGGCUAGAAAUAGCCACUUGCCUCAGUUUGACUAUUGUAUGGGAUAUGCUAGUUGCUUGGGACGUCAUAUUAGCUAGCACUGAAACUGGGGUAAUCAAAACCUUACUUAUCCUCUUCCUGAUCAUUUUUGUUUCAUUCAGGCACUCUAUGAUUUUUGGUUCAAAUUUUUACAAAACAAUGAUGUCUCUUGUCAAAUGGUCACCACUUAUCGUUCCUGUAGUAAUAGGAUACGUUUUUGCUCUCAUGUCAGUUACUAAAGGACUCUGUGGCUGAGAUUUCAGUGAAGAUAUUCCUGGAGUUGUUGUAAACGGAGAUGGAAUGAAUCUCUCUACUGCAUUUAUGAGAAGAUAUUAUGAUCAAGAUGUAUGCCCUGUCGAUAAAACUCCUUGUUUUGUAUACUCAACUCUUCCUGAAAAUGCAUUAAAUGAUGUCUUCAUAAAUUUCCAUGUGAACCUGGAUUCUUGCAGCUACCAAAUCUGUAAUCCAAAGUUUGAAUAUGCAGAAGGAUCUUUCCCGAAUGACCAUGAAGACUUCUCAAAUUGGGAGGAUGUCAGAGUUGUGCAAGCUGAUUACAGAAGUCCUGUCACUGAAUUUAGCCAGAGGGGCAUGUUCACUGCUCUUGUAAAGGGCAUGAAGGCUGACACAACCUACUCUUUUAGAAUCACCGAGCCUAAUUGGAACAAUGAAAAUGCUCAAAUUUACACUUACAAAACCUUUAACACUAAAGAUAUGACCAUUAUCAAUGGAGGUGAUGUUGGAAACAGUGUUUUGGCUCAUGAAGUCAUUGAAAAUAGUUUAAGAGAAGCAAAUGCAGACCUUGUGAUGAUUGGAGGAGACAUCGCUUACGAUCAGAAUGACCCUAAAUGCUUUAGAGCUUGGGAUUACCUUCUAAGAAGUUUACCGAUCAGCGUUUUGGAUAACUCUACCAAUACCAUCAGAGUUGUCCCAGUUUUAUUCUCAACUGGAAACCAUGAUCUGGGAGCUACAUCUUAUUCUCCAGUUGUUCUGAGAGAAAAUGAGCAUGAGCCUGUUUUUAAACACUUCUUCCCUCAGAAUACUGCUAACGGAGAAGUUCCAAUGCUGAAAGACAAGAAAGUAUAUUUUUCUCAAAGCUUUGGGGAUGAUCUUCUCAUUGUAAAUCUGGAUGCUGCUUACGCUCUUGACAUGAAAGGAGAACAAACACAAUGGUUAGAGAAAGUUCUUUCAGAAUCUAAUGCAAAAGUCAAGCUUGCCCAAUAUCAUGGUCCUUUAUACUCAGCCUGUAGGCAAGAUAAAUGGAAUGACCACCAAGUCGAGAAUGAUGGAAAGAGACACUGGGCUCCUCUUUUUGAUAAGUACAAUAUGACAAUCUCUUUCGAGAAUCAUAGUCAUGCAUUUAAGAGAAGUAAGCGUAUCAAGGGUGAAAAAGCUAAUCCUGAUGGAACAUUGUAUCUUGGUGAAGGAUCAUGGGGAGUGCUAAGAUCUCCAGGAAGUUGUGAGAAAGAUAAUGUCGAACUAAUGGAUGUGAUACUUGAGGUAUCCGCCGCCUGGAUUGUAAGAAUUCAACCUGAUGAAGGAAUUGACUCUAAAGCCUUUGACAACAAAGGAAAUUUCGUUGAUAGUUACUACCUUAAGCUUGAUGACUAAUUCCUCCAAUAAUCUUUCCCUCA